UGCUAAAAGUCGAUGCCUUUGACGUUUUGUGCAAUUUAUUUAUUAUUUGACUUUGUUUAUAUUGUGAUAUCUUCAAAGAUUUAAUUUUUAUACCGUCGUUACGCUAAGAAAAUUAACUAUUCUAGAAGACCUUGAACUCGUCAAAUUUGCCAAAAUGAUGAAAACUGCGAUAUCUGUUCUUCAGGAGAUGAUGAUGAAAUUGGGCCAAAUUCCUGAAUAUCAAUAUAAACAGACUGGACCACAACACCAAGCGAUGUUUGAGUGUUGCUGCAAGACGUCUGGAGAGACCGUAACAGCUAUGGCGCGUUCCAAGAAGGAAGCGAAGCAAGAGGCAGCUCGCCGCAUGCUGAACCAGCUGUACCACGCGCGCGGCAUGCCCGUGCCGCCGCCCUAUGCCAGACCGCCAUCGCCCGCUCCGCCGUCGCCUGAACCACCCUCCACAGACAAAGCCUUGCCCAGUGCGGGUCCGAGCGGGUCCGCGGGCGCGGGCGCGGCGCCGGGCGCGAUCGACGUGCGCAGCUACGUGGCGCUGCUGAAGGAGCUGUGCGCGGAGUACAAGCUGGGCGACGUGCAGUACGAGCUGGUGGGCGACGCGGGCCCGCCGCACCGCCGCCAGUUCACGGUGCGCGCGCGCCUCGCGCAGCACGAGCGCUCCGCCACCGCCACCACCAAGAAGACGGCGCGCCAGCUCGCCGCCGAGGCGCUCUAUAAGUACUUGCGGGAGAAUCUCGCGCGGCUCACCAUUGAUUUUGUAGAGGAGGAGGCGAUGGCGCGCGCGCACGAGAAGGCGAUGGAGCGGUACGUGGAGCAGCGCGGGGCGUGGCGCGCGCCGCUCGGCCAGCGCCUCGCCGACUACCACCUAGGUCUGUUGACGUACAUAGAUAAAGAGAAGAUAGAUUUGGGAAGAGAGACACUUGAUGCAACCAGUACCGAUGAGGAAGAGGAUCCCGUCAGCGCGCUGGAGAGCGUGGCGGGCGCGCUGGGGCUGCAGGUGGAGCGCGAGUGGCUGGAGGCGCGCGGCGGCGAGCUGUGCGUGGUGCGGCUGGAGCCCAGCGCGCCGCCGCUGGCGCUGGCCGCGGCCGGGCCGCGCGCGCACCGCGACGCGCACGCCGCCGCGCUGCGCUACCUGCGCCGCGCGCUCGCGCGCACGCGCCUCGCCGACCCGCCCCGCGCCGCGCGCUCGCUCGCCGACGGCCCGCUGCUCGCCGCCUAACCUACCGGCUCGAAGGACCGUUAACCGUUCAAGUGUGGCAUUUCCGAAUGUAUUGUAACAAUUUAUGGAUCGAGAUAUAUUGGACGAUCGAGUUGUUGUGAAUGUUUUUUGUAUUCCAAAAUAAAUUCAUACUUGAGGUUAACUGUUGUGAGCAUUGUAAAUAUAUGUGAUUUUGAUUAACAGUUGGAAAUUGAACCACACAGGAUUUUGCGUUAUCAUUGUCAGCAUAAUAUAACAUUAUUAAUCAAAUAUAGAGUGAAUAUAGUCUAUCUUUGAUUAAUAUUGAUUGAUUUUCUUCUCGAAUUAAUUCAUUACUACACUUUAUUGAAAGCUCUAAUCACAUUAGUAAGAGAAAUGUUAGUCUAAAAUCUGUGUAUUUAAGAUGUGUAAAUAUAACAUAUUGAAUAAAAUGACUAC